UCUUCACAUCAUUAUAUGCGUCGUCGGUUUCACACGCGUAGGUUUCAAAUCGAGAGUCCCCCUGCCGCCGGAUCAACAUCGCCAUGGACCUCGCGUUGGACGUGGAAGGCGCCCAAGUGACAUCCGCGACGUCGUUCGAUCCAAAAUUCCCCCCAUCCAACGUUCUCGACGGAGAAACCAGCACGAAAUGGGCGACCUGCGGUCUGUAUCCCCAAGAGAUCAUCGUCCAGCUCGCAACGACGUCGGUGAUUUCGAAAGUCAAGACGUGGACCACGAACGCCAAGCACGUCGUGGUUGAAGUGUGUGCGGGGCCGGUCCCAACCAAGUGGGAAAAAGUCGCCGACACAAACCUUGGCGAAAAUGACGGAAACCUCCAAAUCGAAACGCAGGUCGUGUCGCGCGAUGACGCAUCGUUUGUCAAAUUCAAAGUCCUCUCGGGGUACCACGACUUUAUCACGGUGCAUCGCAUCUCGGUCGAAGGCAAAGCCCCUCGAAAGUGACACGUAUAUUGUUCAGCGUAUUCCAGGAACCACAUCCCAUCAUGUCCA